AUGCCACCCUCUGGUUUCAUCUUCCUCACUCAAUUAAAAAGAAGAAAAAAAGAGUUAAAAUUUCCUACUAAAUUGCAGAGACUCAAAAGCAACAAUGGCGGCCAAAACCAAGGCGUUUUGGGUUUUUCAUCUGUUUUUCUUAACAUUGUUUUUUAUGAAGAAUUCUUUUUAGGAAUUGCAGUAGCAGCAAGUGAACCGAAGUUAGGAACUGUGAUCGGAAUCGACCUGGGGACAACGUAUUCUUGUGUGGGAGUUUAUAAGAACGGUCACGUAGAGAUUAUAGCCAACGAUCAAGGGAAUCGAAUCACCCCAUCAUGGGUUGCAUUCACUGAUUCAGAGCGUUUGAUCGGAGAAGCCGCCAAGAAUCAAGCGGCUCUCAAUGCAGAAUGCACCAUCUUUGAUGUUAAACGUCUCAUUGGAAGAAAAUUCAAUGAUCCAGAGGUUCAAAGAGACACAAAGUUCUUGCCUUACAAGGUCGUUAACAAAGAUGGUAAGCCAUACAUUCAAGUCAAGGUUAAAGGCGAGACUAAAGUUUUCAGCCCUGAGGAAAUCAGUGCUAUGAUCUUAACAAAAAUGAAGGAAACAGCUGAAGCUUACUUGGGGAAGAAGAUUAAGGAUGCUGUUAUUACUGUUCCUGCAUAUUUCAAUGAUGCACAGAGGCAGGCUACUAAGGAUGCAGGCACCAUUGCCGGGCUGAAUGUGGCUCGGAUCAUCAAUGAGCCUACAGCUGCAGCCAUUGCCUAUGGCUUAGAUAAGAAAGGGGGAGAGAAGAACAUCUUGGUUUAUGAUCUUGGUGGUGGUACAUUUGAUGUUAGUAUCUUAACCAUCGAUAAUGGAGUCUUUGAGGUUCUCUCAACAAGUGGAGACACCCAUUUGGGAGGGGAAGAUUUUGAUCAUAGAGUGAUGGACUAUUUCAUCAAGCUGAUCAAGAAGAAAUAUAACAAAGAUAUUAGCAAAGAUAACAAGGCUUUAGGGAAGCUUCGUCGGGAAUGUGAACGAGCCAAGAGAGCUUUGAGUAGCCAACAUCAAGUUAGAGUCGAGAUCGAGUCGUUGUUUGAUGGGGUUGAUUUCUCUGAGCCAUUGACAAGGGCAAGAUUUGAAGAGUUGAACAUGGACUUGUUUAAGAAAACUUUAGGACCGGUGAAGAAGGCAUUGGAUGAUGCAAAUUUGAAGAAGUCUGAUAUUAAUGAAAUUGUGCUUGUUGGAGGCAGUACUCGGAUCCCCAAGGUCCAACAGGUAUUGAAGGACUUGUUCGAUGGCAAAGAGCCCAACAAGGGCAUCAAUCCAGAUGAGGCGGUAGCCUAUGGUGCGGCGGUUCAGGGUGGAAUUUUAAGCGGUCAAGGUGGCGAAGAAACCAAGGACAUUCUUCUUCUUGAUGUUGCUCCUUUGAGUCUUGGCAUUGAAACAGUUGGUGGUGUUAUGACUAAGUUGAUCCCAAGGAACACCGUCAUCCCAGUUAAAAAAUCUCAGACUUUCACCACAUAUCAAGACCAGCAAUCCACAGUUUCCAUCAAGGUUUAUGAAGGAGAAAGAAGCUUAACGAAUGAUUGUCGCGAACUCGGAAGAUUCGAUUUGACGGGUAUUCCACCGGCUCCAAGGGGAGUUCCACAAAUUGAAGUCACAUUUGAGGUUGAUGCCAAUGGCAUCCUCCAUGUAACAGCAGAGGACAAAGCGGCAAAGAAUUCACAAUCGAUCACGAUAACGAACGAGAAGGGGCGUCUCAGUCAGGAAGAGAUCGAAAGGAUGGUGAAGGAAGCCGAGGAAUUCGCAGAAGAGGACAGGAAAGUAAGGGAAAAGAUCGAUUCCAGGAACAAGCUUGAGACAUACAUAUACAACAUGAGGAGCAGCAUUGAUGACAUGGACAAGCUUGCAGACAAGAUCGAUUCCGAAGACAAAGAGAAGAUUGAAAACACCUUGAAAGAAGCUCUGGAAUGGUUAGAUGAUAAUCAAAACGGAGAGAAAGAAGAUUUCGAUGAGAAGCUUAAAGAGGUUGAAGCAGUGUGUAAUCCAAUCAUAAAACAAGUUUAUGGAAAAAGUGGUGGAAGUUCAAGUGGAUCAGCAGACGAUGAGGAACCUACUGAUGAAUUGUAA